UCAGGAGGGCUUUGAGAAUCAUCAUCAGUGGUCACAUCUUUCACAGGGGUUCUUGUAGAUUUAGAUUGUAUUCUGAGUAAAGUUUCAGUUGACAUUGUAUGAUGUGUGUUCAAAUAAAUAUAUGAAUUGUUGUGGGAUGUAACAUGUGACAGUUAUGCAACUCAAAGUUAUAAAGCUUGAGUGAAACUGUAACAAUCGCUGCUUUUAACCUGUUUCAAAUAAAGCUGUUUGCCUGAAAUAAAUGUGUUUCAAUGCUUGUGAUACUUGUGCCUGUCACCUUGUUGACUAGUGUUCUUUGUCUCCUCCUAGUGCCUAUUGCUGGAACAGUAAGUCUGUGUUGUGUGGCCGAAAUGAACUUCGAGCUCAUGACAUCAUUAUCUUAGUACACUAUCAUACUGUUGGUAUACAUUACUUGAACAUACACAUAUAAUAUAAACAGAUGUAAAUCAUGUAACCUAUUAUAACUGGCUUGUAGCUGGGAAAGGGGUGUGCCCAAAAUAUGUCCAAUACAGUAUAUAAACUCUGUCAUUCUUCUAAGAAGACUGUGCUGGAUUCAGCACCACUCACACACCUGCACCUGUGACUACAGUAGCAAGUGAUCAGCUCUAACUUGAAUGUCUUUUUGUUUUUGGCAAUGGAUUUCUCAUCUCAUCAACAUCUGGAUCCAAAGAUGUUCUGUUAUCCAGAAUCAAAUGCCUCCUGCACCAGAGAAAUUUUCAGUGAAGGAGUUCAAAUUGCUUUAUACUUUUUGUUUGUUUCAGGUAUGCUGGUCACUAUUCUAGGGAACGGUGUGGUCAUUAUCUCCAUUGCUCACAUUAAACAGCUCCACACGCCAACUAACAUGCUUAUAAUGUCUUUGGCAGUUGCAGACCUGCUGCUUGGAGUGACUGUGAUGCCUUUUAGUACAAUAAGGGCUGUGGAGGGCUGCUGGUACUUUGGAGAUGCUUUUUGUUUGCUGCAUUCUAGUUUUGAUAUGUUCCUCACAUCUGUUUCAAUUUUCCACCUGGUAUUCAUAGCCAUAGAUCGAUAUGAGGCUGUGUGCAGUCCACUUCGCUAUUCCACCAAGAUUACAAUACCAAUUGCAUGGCUCAUGGUUUUUGCCAGUUGGGCCGUUGCUGCAUUGUACUCCUAUGGCCUACUAUAUUCAAAAGCAAAUGUAAGAGGACUGGAUGAAUUCAUUGCAUCCAUAUACUGCCUGGGAAGUUGUAAUCUUUUCCUUAAUGCUCUGUGGGGCGCCCUAGACACAUUGAUAGCCUUUUUCUUUCCAUGCUCUGUAAUGGUGGGUUUGUAUACCAAAAUAUUUUUGGUGGCAAAAGAACAUCUAAGGAAGAUUGAAGACAGCCAAAAUAAUUCCAAUGAGGGAGGUAGAGGUGUGGUGUCUAAACGGUCAGAGCGGAAAGCAGCUAAAACUUUAGGCAUUGUGGUGGGUGUUUUCAUCUUUUGCUGGUUGCCUUUCUUUGUUAAUUCCAUAGUUGAUCCAUACACAAACUUUAGCACACCACCUAUUCUCUUUGAAGUGUUUAUCUGGCUGGGUUACUUUAAUUCUACUGCAAAUCCAAUCAUCUAUGCACUGUUUUAUCCAUGGUUUCGGAAAUGUCUUAAUCUCAUUGUCACAUUGAAAAUAUUCAAUAGAAAUUCUUCCUAUAUAAAUGUAUUUGCUACUACAUGAUGUAUUGUAAAGCUACAUUAACAUAAUUCAAAACUGUGUGUGAACAGUAUGCACUUAACUUUUAAAACCUAAACAGUGACGUGGCCACAUUUGAUAAUGUGUUCAAGGAGGCAAAUGAAGAGAAGCAUUUGACAAAACCUCUUCUGCUCAUUCUACUGCUGUCAAUACUUGCCAGGUCUUUUUCGUGUAACUGUGUUUAACUUAUAAAUCCUUUCUAUCUCUUUUAUUUACAUUUGAUUAUAUUUUGAAAGUGGCACAGGCCUACCUUAGAAUACAUUUUCAUAAAGAACACAAAAUGUAUCAUUGGAUUUUCUUUUAACUCAAUCAUCUUUGAUCUAAUGGCUGCUGUUGAGCUAAACAGUUUUUGGUCUAAUGGCUGAUGUUGAACUAAACAGCAGGUACCCAGGUUUGAGCCCGUUUGAAAUGUGAUCUUUGCUGUAAAGCAGAGCAUAGAGUGGAUCAUGUGACUGAAAAGCAUGACAUGCAGAUCAGGAAGCAGAGUGCAAUAUUUGGGGAAUUGGAAGUUUUCCUAUAAAUAUGUUGCCUGUGUGGUUCUUUUGUUUCACAAGUAUUGAGUACCCUGUCUUCAGUGAUCUCAUUCUACAUCCCAGGAGUAGGGAUGAUUAGCAUCUACCUAAAGAUUUUCCUUAUAGCACAGAGAAAGGCACACUCAAUUCAUGGUACAACCAAUCAGAACUCUGUAGGCAAAUCACAGAGAAAGGCCACCAAAACACUUGGUAUCAUUAUGAGGGUAUUUCUAUAAUUCUGGACACCAUUUUAUCUCCAACAGUCUCCAAUGCAUUGAUCCCUUUAUUAGUUACUUUACCCCACCAGUUUUGUCUGUAACAUUUAUGAGGAUUGGAUAUCGGAAUUGAACUAUGAAUCCCAUGGUGUAUGCAUUAUUUUACAGUUGGUUCAGGAAGGGGUAUAGAAUGAUCAUUUCUGGAAAUAUAUUUCAAACCUAUUGUUCAAUAAUACAAUUGUUCAAAUAAAUAUGUCCAAAACCGGUACUGACAAAUAAGUGUGACAAAUAUUUGCCUUGCUGUUAGUCCUUUUUUAAACCAUCAGCCACAGGGUUAUAGGAUUCAAAAGCAAUUUAAUAACAUUUUAUUUGAACAUGGGGGAGACUGCAGUAGACCUAUCCACAGGAAAUCCAGCAAUAUUCACUAAUGAGAUACUGUAGUCUCUCCACUCCCAUAUCUAGUACAUACAUACAUAAAUACAUAGUGUAUUCAGAAACUAUUCUGA